AUGGCAAAUGAAACAUCGACCACUUGUUCGAGGUCUUUCAAGCCUGAUGAGAGUUUUCGUUCUUUUGUGAAUGUAUUCAUGGCGAUGUGCUUCAUCGCAUGCAUUAUAUCUCAACUCUAUAUAUACCACAAGUUUACAAGGAUGGAGGAACGCAUUGAUAACUUGGGAAACAUAGUGGAGAAGAUCGUUGUUGAAAGAUCAUCCAAGUCCCAUACAAAUCAAACAGCCUUGGAUGAAAACAAUGUAGUGCGGCAAAGAAGGUCCGUACAACAAAGGGACACUAAUCUGCAAAGUCUGGCUAAGCGUGUGAUUGUGAUUGAAAGGAGGUGAGCAGAAACAUCACCAGGGCGAUUGAUGAACUUUAGACCGUCGGAAUAAGCCUAAAACAAUUCUCUGAGUUUGUUUUCAUGAAAACUUAGAACGGUAUCCUUAAAAACCAAAGACGAAGAAGUUUCCCCAUUGAAUAUAUUUUUAAUUAAUUUAUUUUUUCUUAAAAGAGCAUUUCUUCUUCAUUAGAUUACAAGAAUACAACAGAACUUCCGCUGAAAGGUGGAUGUCAAGGUAUUUUGUAAGAGGUCAGUAA